ACACACUAAUAAUCAGAGUGCUCUCUCUCUCUCUCUCUCUCUCAAUCUCUCUAAUGGAGCUCUCCAUGAUUGUUUUGGCAGGACUUGCUCUCCUCUGCCCUUUAUUCUUUGUUUGGAAACUGCUUAACCAAUGGAGAGACCCAGGAGGUUGUUACAUAAUAGGUUACGAGUGCCACAAGCCCGCUGAAGAUAGGAAGCUGGACACAGAACAAUGUGGAGAUAUCAUCAAACGUAACAAAAACCUAACCCUUGAAGACUACAGGUUUCUGUUACGUAUGUUCGUUAGAGCUGGCAUUGGUGAAGAAACCUACGGCCCUAGAAACAUCAUCGCCGGCCGAGAAGACUCACCAACGCUCACCGACGCCAUCUCUGAAAUGGAAGAAUUCUUCUUCGAAACACUCGAUAAACUUUUCGCGAAAACCGGAGUUUCGCCGUCGGAGAUCAACAUACUUGUCCUUAAUGUAUCCAUGUUAGCUCCAACGCCUUCUUUAGCUGCAAGGAUAAUCAACCAUUACAAGAUGAGAGAAGACAUUAAAGUCUUUAACAUCUCUGGUAUGGGGUGUAGUGCAAGUGUGGUCUCCUUAAGUGCCAUUCAGAAUAUCUUCAUCUCUCAUAAAGACUCACUUGCUAUCAUGGUCACUGCUGAAUCCAUGGCACCAAACUGGUAUACUGGUAAAGAUAGAUCUAUGAUUCUUACAAAUUGUUUAUUUCGUUCUGGUGGUUGUUCUAUAUUGUUAACUAAUAAACCAAGCUUAAAGGGUAGAGCUUUGUUUAAGCUUAAGCAUUUGGUUACUACUAAUCUUGGUGCAAUUGAUGAGGCUUACCAGUGUGCAAUGCAAACUGAGGAUGAGCAUGGAAGGAAAGGUUUUAACCUAAAUAAGAGUUUACCAAGUGUUGCUGCUCGUGGUAUGAUUGAGAACCUUAAGGUUAUGGCACCUAAGGUUCUUCCUAUAAGGGAACAAGUACGUUAUAUAGUUUCAAGAUAUGUUAAGAAGUGGAGGAAGGGUAAAGGUGUCCAUGUAGAGGGUGAAGAAAGCAAAGGGGGAGUGAAUUUCAAGACUGGUGUAGAUCACUUCUGUCUUCACGCCGGCGGUAGGGCUGUAAUUGAUGGAGUUGGGGAGAGCUUAAGGCUUUCUGAAUUCGAUCUAGAGCCGACGAGAAUGGCUCUUUAUCGAUUCGGGAACACGUCGGCGAGUAGUCUUUGGUAUGUUUUGAGUUACAUGGAAGCUAAGAAGAGGUUGAAGAAAGGUGAUAGAGUGAUGAUGAUAAGUUUUGGAGCUGGUUUUAUGUGCAAUAGUUGUUUGUGGGAGGUGGUUAGGGAUUUGGAAGAUGAGAAUGUUUGGAAGGAUUGUCUUGAAAGGUACCCUCCCAAAACCCUAGUGAACCCUUUCAUGGAGAAGUUUAGUUGGAUCAAUGAUGAGAAUUUGAAUGAAACCAUGUUAGAGGCUUUCCGGAUGAUGUGAAUCUUCUCCAAUUUCCUGAUUAUCUACUAGCAACUAGCAAGGUCUUUAUUGUUAUUUUUAUCUUUAUUUUUAUUUCUAUUUAUAUUUAUAUUUUUAUUGUCUCAAUUAUGUUGUCCUGGGUUGGUCCAUAAUAUAGUACAAGAGAAGGGAAGCAUAAAUAUUAGAAUUUAUUGUGGCUUUCCUGGUAAAUUGUACUACUGCAGUAUUGAAUUGGUAAUUAUUAAUCAUAAACGAUAGAAAAGCAUUGGAUUU